AUGAUCCUCAGAUGGUUGUUAUUAGUCUUCUUUGCUUUACACACAGAAGCGGCUCCAAAAUGUGAAAAUGUGUUGAGGAGUGAUGUGAAAAAACUUUAUGGAAAAACAUUCGCGUGCGUGUGUCCGGUCGAUCUUCGAAUGGCGACUUUUAAACGAACGAAUGGCGAUCGAGUUCCUUUUCUUUUCUCAGCGGAAAUGUGUCAUUCGGACGGUUUCUCGGAUAUGUGCGACAAAGCGGAGACUUGUUUCACGGUUGAAUGGCUUGGUUUUUGUUGUAAUGAUGAGGCUUUCCUCGGUGAUGGACCAAAUGCUGGUGUGUUUAAUGUAACCGGUUUGGGCGGUCCAGUCAAUCACAUUCGAAACGCCGCUCAUAGUGAGCCGCCAAGUGGUUUCGGACAUCCGUCGGGUCGUGGUUGCGUAUCGCAGCGUAUUCAAUGCUCUCUCCCAAAAUUCACUCGUCCCAUCAGACAAGAUGUUUUCCUGAUGAGCAAAGUUGCAUGGAUUUCUGCAAACGAGCACAUUUUACGUACGUUCGAUUGUGCAGAAGAGGGUUUCUCGGCUGCUGUCGACAUCAAUGGGACACCGCUUGUUUAUGAGAAAAGACUCUGCGGCUCUCCACAUGAUUCCGAUUUUUGUAAUCGUGACGAAGUGUGCAAAACGUUAAAAUACGACGUCGGUUUCUGUUGUCAGCGAUCAUCCGAGGGUGCCUUCAAAUACGCGCAAAUGGGUCGGGUGGGUGUGGAAACGUUGAAUCCGGGAGAUUCGCUUGAUUUCAUCCUCUCACAAGGCUUCAAAAAA